AACCGUACGUAAAACAUGGGUCUCUGUUUUACACGAGAUAAAAACGACGUAGAAGAUGUUGAUGAACCCGAAGAGGGAGUAUUCCGAAAACCGGUUCACUACCGUGGACGCGAAGGACCGAGGUAUAAAGUGUUGAACUUUACUAGAGAUUAUGAAUACCGCCAAUACGAGCCGUCGACUUGGAUUUGUGUCAGAAUGAACGACAUUGAAUACAAGAAGGCAAUAAGCAAAGGCGAAUCUACUCUAGCUAAGUAUUUCGAUGGAAAUAACGGGCCUGAAAAGUCCAUGACACUUACAUGCCCGUUAAGGAUACACGUUGAGUUUCGACAAGACCUUGAUGAACCGGGUUAUUUCGUAGUGUCCAGGCAUUUACCUUAUGAGAACUGUUCAAGACCGCCAGCACCUACUCAAACCAACAUGUUUAUCCAAGACUACCCGCAGCAGUUUGCCUAUGUUUCAGUGUUUGAGGGAGUUACAGGGGAAAAUGAAGUCAAGGCCAAGCUUAAAGCGCUUACAAAAGUAUUGGAAAACGAAGGSGUUGAUUUUGAAGACACGGAUUACUUCGUGACAAAGUUUGAAAAUAACUUGAGCUUAAAAAGAAAAGUGAACGAAGUUAUAGUAGUAAGUGAAUCUAGUGAGUAAAGURUUUUACSCGRGACGUUAAUAAGUUGAGAGURUCCAAAAUACAUUGAACCUGCAGUGCCCCAUUAUAUAACUAAAUAAACUAAUGAGUUUAAGAUGAAACCACAAAACAUAUAAGAAUGACUAUAAUAAUACCUUACACAAGAAAACGACGUACCAAAGACACUAGCAUUGCUAAACAAAUUAGCAAAGACAAAUGGAGACUCCAAGAUAAUAUUUGGACCUGUGUUUGAACAUGUUUGAACUGUGCCAAAACUUUCGCUAUCAUUAUAACUACUUACAACUUAAAUUAUCAAUCAAUUCUCAAUAAAUCUUUUCCGUUAGAAACAAAACUAUAAUAAACAUAUAAACAAUUAAAAAUAGCAAUACAUAACACAGCAAUGAAGUUGUCUCAURAGUUUUUAUU